UUUUCAGCUUGCUUCCGCCAUCCGAUCUUCCGUGCUCUUUCCCCCUUUUCUCCCAUGCCCAACGCCGAGCAACGUCGCACGACCUCCCCAACCUCGCGUCAGAGCUGAGCUGAGCUGCGGAACGGAACGUCGUCGGUAUCCUACAUACAUACACACGGUAACAAGUCUCCCGUCAUGGCGCCGACCGAGCCCCCCGCUGUGGGCGAGGGCAGAUUGCAACCCCGGCUGUCGAGGUUAACCAUGGUGGCUCUGACCUUCGCUAUCCUUAACACAUGGAUCGCCCUAGCAGGCUCAAUAGGCCUCGUCCUGCCCUCAGGCGGCUCCGUCUCCUUCCUCUACGGCUUCCUCUUCUGCGUCCUGUGCAAUCUCGCCCUCGCCGCUAGCCUCGGCGAGAUGGCCGCUAUUUGGCCUACCGCGGGCGGCCAGUAUCAUUUCGUGUAUGCGCUUUGCGCGGAGAGGUGGAGGAGGGUUGUGAGUUUCUGGGUCGGGUGGACGAAUAUCGCGGGCUGGCUUACGCUGGUGACGACGGAGGGUUUCUUCGCUGCGCAAUUCAUCCAAGCAGCCGCCGUCAUCGCCUCGAACGGCACCUACGAAAUCGAAGCAUGGCGGACAUACCUAAUCUUCCUCGCCGUCGUCACCUUCACGACCGGCUCCAAUAUCUGGGGGAACCGGAUCCUCGGACGAUGGAACGACGCCGCGCUGUACUGGUCGCUCCUCGGCGUCGUGGUCAUCAGCAUCGUACUUCUCGCGACAUCCGAUAAAAACGACGCGCACUACGUGUUCGCCGAGUUCAGCAACGAGACGGGGUGGUCGGAUGGGAUGGCGUGGAUCCUAGGACUUCUCCAAAGCGCGCUGAGUUUGAUCGGUUUCGACGCGGCGCUGCAUAUGACGGAGGAGAUGCCGCGGCCGGCGGAGGAUGCGCCGCGCGCGAUUAUAUACGCGGUCAUCGUGGGAGGCGUCACGGGAGUUGCAUUUAUCCUCGUCAUCCUGUUCUGCAUCACGGACCCGACGACCGUGCUGAGCACGCCGACGAAUAUGCCCAUCGCGGAGCUGAUACUUCAGGGAACGAAGAGCAGGGCCGCGGCGACGGUGCUGACGCUUAUGUUGGCGGUUUGCUUUAUCAACGGCACGAAUGGCUGCGUGACGAGCUCGAGCAGGUUGCUUUAUGCGAUGGCGAGAGAUAAGGGGAUCGUGUAUCAUCGCUACUUCGCCCACAUCACACCAAAACUAGACGUCCCCGUGCGCACGAUCGUCUUCACCUUCAUCUUCAACGUGCUCUUCGGACUCCUCUACCUCGGCCCCUCAGUCGCUUUCAGCGCCUACGCCGCUAGCACCACCAUCUUCCUCAACGUAUCGUACGUGUUUCCCGUCAUAACGCUGCUCGUGCGCGGGCGCAGUAUCUUGCGACAGUACAGGUCGGAGCGGACGUACUUCGACCUCGGGCGCGCCGGGUGGGCGUUGAAUAUCGUUGCGGCGGUUUUCGUGGUUGUUACUUCUGUGUUCUUCUGCUUCCCGACCGGCCUUCCCGUUUCCGGGGACGAUAUGAACUACGUAGUCGUCGUCAUCGGUAUAUUCCUAAUCCUAGUCGGCACGUACUGGAUCGUGAACGGCAGUGUCUUUGAAGGACCCAAAUUCGAAGCCAUCAUCGGACGUGCUCCCGGAGACGAGGAAGGAGUGCAUACUCCCGCUACUGCUUCGGAAUCUAAUGGUAUAGAUGAGAAAGGGGAAAUCCCAAUUUAGACGAGUGCAUGUUUUGUAUUAGAAAGCGUAGCUCUUAAUUUCUGGGGUUCGAGCUUAUUUGUUGGAUUGAUAUAAAUCCAGGUACCUGGUAUAUGUAGACUUGAUUCAUUAUUAGAAGAUUGUAUGAAAUUGAUGAUCUAGAUGACCUCUA